AUGUCUCGCUACAAAGGCAGUUCAUUUGGAACUUGCCAGCGAUCUAACAUCAGAAGCCUUCCCCGCUUGCUUAAAACGCUUUUUCCUUGUAGAGGACUCUCUUCUUCGAUGCAUUCAGACAACGGAAAUAAUUUCGUAGGCGCGAGUAACGAACUAGGGGAAUUAUACAGACAAGUAAGCUCACUGGAACAGAGCGAAAGUGUUAAGCAGUAUCUUUCGAAGAAAGAAGUUACCUGGCAUUUCAUACCUCCCAGAGCGCCACAUUUUGGGAGUCUCUGGGAAUCCGGAGUCAAAUCAUUUAAACACCAUUUCACAAGAAUAGCAGGAAACUCUCUUUUGACGUAUGAACAACUUCACACGUACGUCGUGGAAGUCAAAGCCAUCCUCAACUCCCGCCCUUUGACUCCACUUUCUUCCGAUCCCAACGAUUUACUUCCUUUGUCUCCAGCACACUUCCUUAUGGGUAAUUCUAUGACUAGCUUACCUGAAGACGAUCUACGUCACACGUUAGCCAACAGGUUAAGUUGCUGGCAAGUCGCCCAGCAGAUGCGACAACACUUUUGGGAAAGGUGGCAUAAGGAGUAUCUUAAUGAGCUCAUCUCUCGCAGCAAGUGGCAUUCAGCCACGAAUCAAGGAGACAUCAAAAUCAGACGACUCGUAGUCGUAAAAGAAGACAACCUCCCUCCGAUGAAAUGGCAUCUUGCUCGCAUUAUCGAGAUGCAUCCUGGCCGAGACGGAAUUGUACGAGUAUACGCAUUUAUUUGUUGUCACAUGUUUACGAAUAUUUUUUAA